GUAUGAAUUACGUCCUGAGGAUUAUCGUUUACGGUAUAGCGAGUUGAGAAAAACGCAGGUAUGUGAACGUGGCUAACUACAGUGGACCGAGAGAAUUGGCAAAAGCUAUGGAAGAAUUGUUUCCAAACAACAGACACGAAAUAAAGAUUUUGGAUGCCGCUUCCGGUACUGGACUUUCUGGAGAGGCGUUGUAUAAAGCUGGAUUUACCAACCUCGAUGGUGUGGAUGCCUCGGAGAAGAUGUUGGCUGUAGCGAAACAGAAACACAUCUAUCAGCGAAUGAUCUGUGAAUACCUGGGACAAAAUAAACUACGUACACACAUUGACCAUCGUAUGUAUGAUGUAGUGACUAUGUGUGGAGGAGUAGGAGAAAAUCUUGCUCCCUUUUCUGCUUUAGAAGAACUCGCCUCUGUAGUAAAACCAGGUGGCCUUUUUGUUCUAGUGACACGGGUGAAGCAUUUGGAUUACGUAGACGAGCAGGGCAAUACUGCGACACGUAUCUUCCAGAAACUGACUGACGAGCAGAAAUGGAAACUGGAGUCAAAGAAAUCUUUUUUAAACUUCAUAUACAGUGAAGAGGGAGCUGUACUCGUGUACAAAAUUCUAUAAAUAUAAAUAAAUAAAUAGCCUGCGUAUUUUGUUCAUAGUCAACAGCUGAAUGAUGGAUCCAUCCACUCAGUGUAAUGAGGGGGAAAAUUAGUCAAAGUCAGGUCGGUCCUGUUACCGGAAAUACAUAAUUAAUUAUUUCCGGUAACAGGACCGACCCUGACUUUGGCUGCAAAGUCGAAAUAUUAUACAGUAGAUUGGUUUUUUGUAAUGCAUUAUGAAUAAUAAUAAUAAUAAUAAUAAAUAUUUCUAAAUAAAUAUAUGUUUUGACAUCUGGCCGAAUUUAUUAUUAUUAU